AUGGCAGCUGCCAAAUUGCGCAGACAUUUAGAAACUGUACACCCCGAGUCUAAAGACAAGGAUAAAGAGUUUUUUGUUCGUAAAAAAGAACAGUUAUCGGAAAGUCAAAAAAAUAUGAUGCAUGUAACACAAACUAUCAAUGAAAAGGCCACGGAGGCAUCAUAUUUAGUUAGCUAUCGUAUUGCACAAGCAGGUGAAGCGCACACUAUCGCUGAGAAUUUAAUAAAGCCAUGUGUGUUAGACAUAACAAAAUGUAUGCUCGAUGAAAAAUCUGCAAAGCAUCUUUCUACUGUACCGCUAUCAAACGAUACUGUUUCUUGGCGAAUCCAUGAUCUGGCAAGCCACGUCAAACAAGAACUAGUUGCACGUCUACAAAAAACACGAUUCGCCUUGCAAAUGGAUGAGUCAACUGAUGUCACUGGUCUGGCUAUCUUGCUGGUUAUCGUGAGAUAUCCAUAUGAACGUUCUUUUGAAGAAGACAUGCUUAUGUGUUUACCGCUGCCCACAAACACUACCGGGGAAGAAAUUUUUAAUAAAAUAAACAUAUUUUUUAAGGAAAAUAAUCUUAGUUGGAACGAUUGCAUUGACAUUUGUACGGAUGGGGCCAAGGCGAUGACAAGUAAAACAGCAGGAGCAGUAUCAGGAAUAAAAAGUAAAGCGCCUAAUUGUAGUUCCAGCCAUUGUAUUCUGCGAUGA